GCGGCACCCAGGGUUGUGUGACCUAACCUCCUUAUAGCACUGACUGCUAAUCUAAUUAUAUUAAUUAUAUUAAUUAUAUUAGCAGUCAGUGCUUACAGUACACGUACGUCGUGUAUUAUUUCUUUGAAAAGAAAUAUGGACGUACAAGAUCUACUAUUGUUAUUCAUUGGAAGUGAUGAUGUACCAGCAAAUCCAAUGAUACGUCAUGUAGAACAAAUCAUCAAUGAACUCGUAGAUCCCAUUCCUGAUAUACUUAACGUACGAGGAUAUAAAAGAACAUUGAAAGAACGUAAUAAUGAAUAUUUUGAAACAACAAUUCCAUCUUACACCGAUAUUCAGUUUAAAGAACAUUUUCGUAUGACGAGGGUUGCUUGCGAGAAUCUCGUACACAUAAUUGGAAACGAAAUGGGUGAACGACAAAAUGAUGCAAUACCUCUUGACAAGAAAGUUUUAUUUACACUGUGGAUGAUAAGUAAGCCAGAAAGCUUCUUAGCAGCUGGCGAUAGAUUUAAUGUACCCCCUAGUUCGGCACAUUAUAUUUUCAAAGAAAUUAUUAUGGUUCUAUCCACGCUACGUUAUAAGCAUAUUAAAUGGCCAAAUAAUUACAAUAAACGAAUUAUCGCAAAUAUUUUUAAAAGACGUUCACAUGGAAUACCAGGCAUCAUAGGUGUUAUCGAUACUUGCCACAUACCCUGUAAACAACCUGCAGGAAAUGCCAAUGAUUACUACAAUAAAAAAGGAUUUCAUUCUAUCAUUUUGCAGGGCAUUUGUGAUCAUCAAGCGCGAUUUAUCGAUUGCUACGUUGGUUUACCUGGUAGAAUGCACGAUGCACGAGUUUUUAGAAGCAGUCCAAUUUUCCGAAGACUAACCAACCGGAAUAACCCUCUACUUUCCAAAGACGAACAUCUAAUUGGUGAUUCAGCCUAUCCAUUAAUGCAAAAUUUAUUAACUCCUUUUAGAGAUACCGAACAGCUUACGAGAGCUCAAGUUCACUAUAAUACAAGGUUCGGCUCAAUUCGCUCAAUUAUAGAACUAGCUUUUGGACACUUAACAUGGAAGAUGCGAAGAUUAAAAUAUUUAGACAUAACAGAUUUUGAUUUGGGGAAUAAUAUAAUAGCAGCCGCUUGUGUACUACACAAUUAUAUAAUUGACAAUGAUGAUUUACAUGACUGUGAUGUAAUAGACACCGACGAUGAUACUGAAAUAGAUGAAGUUCUUACAGUUGAAAAUUAUGAAAUCGAGUUACAAGCAGCUACAGAGAAAAGAAAUAAUAUAGUAGCUUCGUUGUAUCGUAAUAUCUGAAAGACGAAAUUAUACUUACCAUGUUGCACUGAACUUCUAUUUUAGUAUGUUCAAUAAAUCAAAUCAUAUAAAAUUAACAAAGUAUUUAUUAAUAAAUAGAACGAACCCUUA